UUUACAACUCCUCUCUCCUGCUCCUUUCUUGGGAACACUGAAGCAGCAGAAGAUUCUCACUGGACACUCUGGAAUCUCCAUGGCUGGGGGGAUGAUUUCCCUUGAUAGAGUUGCAGCCAGAAGCUGCAGAGCCAGAGAGGAGCCGCCCGUGGGGCAUGGAAGCAGCCUCCUUGGCAGCCGGGAGAGGCGAGCGCGAGCCCCGCUGACUGUGACCCAGGCGUCCGGCCGCUUGUCCCCUGCCUGGAGAGCUCUUCCAUACCGAGGGCUCUCCCUUCCCUCCCUGCCAAGUCUCCCUCUGCAGGGCCAGCUGAAGCCAGGAGCCAAUCCAGAGGGGAGCAUGGAGCUGCUGUCCACCCCCCACAGCAUUGAGAUCAACAACAUCACCUGUGACUCUUUCCGUAUCUCCUGGGCCAUGGAGGACAGUGACCUGGAGAGGGUCACUCAUUACUUCAUUGACCUCAAUAAGAAGGAGAACAAGAACUCCAACAAAUUCAAGCACCGGGAUGUCCCCACGAAGCUUGUGGCCAAGGCAGUGCCUCUGCCCAUGACAGUGAGAGGUCACUGGUUCCUGAGUCCCCGUACUGAGUACAGUGUGGCCGUGCAGACAGCCGUGAAGCAGAGCGAUGGGGAGUACCUGGUAUCUGGUUGGAGCGAGACUGUGGAGUUCUGCACUGGGGAUUAUGCCAAGGAGCACCUGGCCCAGCUGCAGGAGAAGGCCGAGCAAAUUGCUGGUCGCAUGCUCCGCUUCUCUGUCUUCUACCGCAAUCAUCACAAAGAGUACUUCCAGCAUGCCAGGACCCACUGCGGGAACAUGCUGCAGCCCUACCUGAAGGACAACAGCGGCAGCCACGGCUCCCCCACCAGCGGCAUGCUGCAUGGUGUCUUCUUCAGCUGCAACACAGAGUUCAACACAGGCCAGCCCCCCCAGGACUCCCCUUACGGCCGCUGGCGCUUCCAGAUCCCUGCCCAGCGCCUCUUCAACCCCAGCACCAACCUCUACUUUGCAGACUUCUAUUGUAUGUACACAGCCUACCACUAUGCCAUCCUGGUGCUGGCACCUAAAGGUUCCCUGGGGGACCGCUUCUGCCGUGACCGCCUGCCCCUCCUGGACAUUGCCUGCAACAAGUUUCUGACCUGCAGCGUGGAGGGCGGGGAGCUGGUCUUCCGCCACGCUCAGGACCUUAUCCUGGAGAUCAUCUAUACUGAGCCAGUUGACCUCUCCCUGGGCACUCUGGGGGAGAUCAGCGGGCACCAGCUCAUGAGUCUGUCCACUGCUGAUGCCAAGAAAGACCCCAGCUGCAAGACCUGCAAUAUCAGUGUGGGUCGCUAGGGACUCCUGGGGAGCUGGAGGGCUGGGGAGAGAUGACAGGAGAGUGGAGGUGGGUGACUUAGGUUUGGGGAGCUGGUUUUCUCUCCCCUGCCUCCUGCUCCCUCUACUCUGUCCAACCCUCUCCCCCUUGACAUUGGAGGCAACAGGUGGUGGUCCUCUUAGUUAGUGUGGCCCACCCCAGGCCUGGUGGAUGUGGGAGGGUUUCUCAGGAGGUGGGUUGUACUUCUGGAGAACUCUUCCUUUCCUCUGUUUCCUGUUCUGUUUUGUUGGCCUCAAGCAGGUCUGUGGCUCCCAGAGUCCUCCCUGCCUCCUGGGCCAAAGCCCAUGUGUAGCCCAGCUGCUUCUACGUAGAUGCAGAAAGCUAUGGGGUACCUCCUUAGCCCCACCCACCCCACUCAGGGCCACCCUAGACAGCUCCCUCCCCACUGGGCUGGGCCUGGGGGCUUCAACUCCAGGUCAGGACCCUUCCUCUAUAAAUAACCUCCUGCACUGCUGUCUUGCCCUGGCUGCUCCUUGGCCCCAGAACCCUUUUCCCGCAUGGGAGAACUGUCUUUUCCUCUAUCACUGUUAUUGGCGCACUUGAGAUACCCUCCAACUCUCUGGAAAAGGACCCUCUCUUCUCUUGGUUUUGAGGGCUCUGGGCUCUUGAGAUUUUCCCUUUCUUCUAUCUGAGGAUGAUACACUCCUCAGCAAACCUUCUCCCUUGCUCAGAGAGUGCUGGGGUCUGCAACAACAGCUGCCGGGGUCGAGGAGGGGGAAGGAGACCCCUGAGACCCGUUCCUCAGCCGGAAGCAGGCCACCUCAUGUCUUGAUGGGCCUAAUAUAGAACUAGAGAACUGAGGGUGACCCACAGGGUCCUGGCACCCCUUCUGGCCAUGUGCUUUGCUCGCUCACUUGCUCGCUCUGCCAUGGAGCCAUGACUGUUCUGUGCCAUGUGUGAGCUGAAUUGUGGGCUCUCCAUCAGGCCACCUCCUGCUCCAAACACUAGCCCUGUCUGCUCUCUGGGCUGUUCCCCUGGGGAGUUCUUGAUGAAUUCCCCUGCAGUUCCCUGCGUUUUCAUCUUGUUUCUACUGUUUGGGUCAUGAGGGUAGUGAGGGUAGACUCUCUGAGACAAGACAAGCAGGUGGAGAGAUGAGGAGGAGGGGAGAAGGUCACAGUGAUUUCCUCAGAAGUGACAGGGAUGAAGCACAAGCAGCUGGAUUUCUGAGAAGGACAGAGGAGCUGGCAGGCCCACAGGGCCAUACCUCUGUGGGUGACAGGUGAAUGGCUGGUUACCAGGGACAGUGCUACAGUCAGCUGCCUCAUUGGGGUGGGCCAGGAAGCCUGAGGUUCUGUGAGAUGUGUAGAGGAGAGGACCUGGCCCCCCGAGCUCUCCCCUCUGUGCUGACAGCAUUGCUGAGGGGGUGGCCUGCUGCCUUGUCCUGGCCCUCUGUUCUCCCUGGGUGGGGCACGCCCUCCUGUGCUGUGCUUGCAAUGUGCAUCAAUAAACCACCAUGGCCCAAGGG